AUGGCAGAAGAGUCGCUAGAGAGACUGGACCAGGAGAUCACGCUCCACCUGCAGCAGAUCGACUCGAACCUGAGCUACUGCUUCAGCAAGAUAACCCAGGACGUCAUACCGCAUGUUACAAAGUAUGGCGCGGUGUGCGACAAGGCGAUGGACAGCAGCAACUGGCUCAAGGUGAUGUUCCAGCACGCAGGCAACCUACAGAUCGACUCGGUGACGGGCCCGCAGCAGCAGCAGCAGCAGCAGGCGCCCGAAGCCGCGGAAAAUGGGUCGCUCCAGACUCUGUUUCCUGAAAAGUCGCGGCUGAGCCCGGCGUCGUCGAGCAUUCUGGCGCCGCCGACCGCCGCCCCGCACCAGCGGCCUGCCGCCGGCCUUCCCGUACCCGACCUCAAUGUCACCACCACCACUACGGGCAAGGUUCUGCAGCUGCCAGACUCCAGCGACGACGAGCUCGGCGACGCCGCGGACCGCGACCCCACGGAUCGCUCCACCACCGCCCACUCGCGCAACGAUCCCGACGGCAGCACCCUGCAGCGACAAAGGCGUAAGCGCAAGCUCUCGCUUCUGCUGCAGCAGCAGUUCGGGUCCAGUUCCAGCAGCGUAGCGCCUUCGCCCGCCCAGAUAAAGCGCCGGGCCUCGUCGACCAUUGACAGCUCGCCCAUGAGAAAGGACCUGGCGAGCCACGCCGACAGCACCAAGCAGCAAGGAGUACAGCCGGGUACCGUGAUCUACUUCCCGACCAGAGAUGAGACUUCUUGA